UCACCAACCCAUUGAUAGCCUAGAUAGAACUAGAACGAUAUAUGUCAACUCGCUUCGUUCCUGAAUCCUGAUCAUUUCAAUGAAGUUAUUUGCCUAAAAAUCAUUGUUCCAUUAAACCUCUGAGUUCUCGCGCAACAAACGAAAAACUCACGAGUUCGAAUAAAAGCACAGAAACUGCAAUAAAAGAGUUAAAAUGGAGAAGCUGAAAGCUGUGGUUCCAAGCGGUCUUAAGGGGAUACUUUCUGAAAGUAAUCCAGAAGAUAUUCCAUCCACUUGUUCAUCUCUUCUAGAAUUCUUCCAACCUCUGCCACUAUUUCAGAAAGUGGUUCGAGAACUAACGGACCCAGAAACUGCUCUCUGCGCUAAGAACGUAGCCACUGCUUUGGAUUUUAAGCAGAAGGGCAACGAGUAUUUUUCGAGCGGGGAUUACGCGAAAGCCUUGGCUUUCUAUUCGCAGGCAUUACGUUUUGCUCCAAUGGAGGUUGACAAACUGGACGAGAUGUUGGCUACCACAAUUUAUGUGAAUCGAGCUUCUUCACUGCACAAAAUGGGCCUUCUUAUUGAGGCCUUACGAGAUUGCAAUCGGGCUGUCGUACUUUCUCCUUGCUAUGCAAAGGCAUGGUAUCGGAGAGGUACAGCAAAUGCUUCUUUGCAAAAUUUUGAAGAUGCAAUAAGUGACAUGACUGUGGCCAUGAACAUGGAAGUUUCUUUGGGUGGAAAGAACCAGAUAAAAGACAAACUUAAGAUAAUUUUAGAUCAGCGUAAAAGGACGAUGAGGGAAAGCAGUUCAACUAAUUUACACAAUGAUAAGAAUUUGGGGUCUUGUAGUAACACAGUAUCUACUGAUGAAACAUGCCAAAUAAAGUUGCAAUGUGUGUCUACACCAAGUAAAGGAAGGGGUAUGGCAUCAUUAAGUGAUAUUGCUCAAGCUUCAUUAGUUCAUUCUGAAGAACCUUAUGCUGUGAUUUUGUUAAAACAUUGCCGGGACAAUUAUUGCCAUUUCUGCUUGAGUGAACUACCAGCAGAUAUGGUUCCCUGCACAUCAUGCUCAAUAUCAUUAUACUGUUCCCAGCACUGCCAAGCAAAAGCAGGGGGGAAACCAUCUGGAAGCAAUUCAAACAAUUAUUCUAUUCCUAAAAGUGUGCCACCUGAUCUUGAAAGAUACAUUGCUAAGACUUUGGCCAUUGAUUCUGGAUAUGCUUUAGUAGAUGCAAAUGCUGACCACUUCUUUGAACAUGGACAUGAGUGUGGAGGUGCACAUUGGCCUGCAGUAUUACCAUGUGAAAUUGUCUUGGCCGGUCGAGCUCUGGUGAAGUCUAUAGUUGACAAAGGUCAUUCCAAGGGGGGUUCUGAAACCAUUGAAUCUUUGGAGCUUUUAAAUAACUAUGCACAAAUGACUUUAGAAAGAAAACUAGAAACACAUAUUUACUCAAUUAUACUGGCUUACUGCCUUCAGCAGUCUUAUGGUCUUGAGUUUUCUUUGACUGGGGCUUCUAUUUCACAGUUGGUUAUUCUUAUAUGUCAAAUCAAGGUGAAUUCUAUGGCAAUUGUCCAAAUGAAGUCAGUAGAUGCCUAUGGGCCACUAGAGCAGUCAAGAAGUCAACCAUCUACUAAAGGUGCUUUAACUAGCAAUAUAGAACAGAUCAGAGUUGGUCAAGCCAUUUAUCCAGCUGGUAGUUUAUUUAACCAUUCAUGCCAGCCAAAUGUUCAUGCAUAUUUCAUUUCGCGCACCCUUUUUAUACGAACAACAGAAUUUGUGCCAGCAGGGUAUCCCCUGGAGCUAUCUUAUGGCCCACAGGUUGGCCAGCAGGAAUUCAAAGUCCGCCAGCAAUUACUGGAAGAUCGAUACUCAUUCAAGUGCCAGUGUGGUGGAUGUUCUGAAAUGAAUUUAUCUGAUCUUGUUAUAAAUGCAUUUCGGUGUGCAAAACCAAAUUGUCUUGGCACAGUUUUAGAUAGUUGUAUGGCUAAGCAUACACAACAAAAAGUUAGUUGGUUACAAGUUAUUCCAAAUUUUGGCAGCUUUGAGCGCCAUUUACCUAUUGACAAACUGAAAAGAGAAGACAUCAGUAAAGUGGCCCAGCUCCUGCUUGAACAAACCAAUAGAACCUUUCAAGUUGAUCCUGGAUAUUGUUUGAAUUGUGGUUCUUAUAAUGAUCUAGAAUCCUCACAUGCCACAGCCAAGAAAGCUGAGAUCUAUAUCUAUAGGCUGCACAAUGCAAUAAAUUCAAUGGAAGUUGCAACUAAUACACUCACGGAUGCUUUGGAAUCACUUUAUAUACUGAGAUCAACAUUGCAUGCAUAUAAUAAGGACAUGGCAGAGGCAGAGGACAAUCUUGCAGCGGCAUAUUGUUCAAUAGGAGAAUUGCACCCUGCCAUGGACCACAGUAAAGCAUCAAUUAAGAUCCUUGAGAAGCUUUACAGUACCAACCAUAUUGUCAUUGGAAAUGAAUUGGUUAAACUUGCAUCCAUCCAGCUUUCUUUGGGCGACAGUACUGUAAUGGACAGUAUAAAUCAACUUGAUGAAAUAUUUUCACUGUAUUAUGGAUCCCAUUCGGCCAGAAUAUUUCCGUAUCUGGAAAGCCUCAAGAGAGAAGCUUCCAAACUUUACUAGCAUGAGCACUAUGUUGCAGCUCUGUAAGGAAGGGAAUUGAUUGAGGAUAGCUAUUAUGGAAAGACUUCUUCAAACAUCAUUAUCAAUAGCAACUAAGCAACUACGGCUUGGACAAAGGCAGGAGAUUCAACUUCAACUAAUGACCGUCUUGCUAGCUAGCACCCAGGAAAACUCACUGAUGUAUCAACAAAUUCCAUUAUAGUUUUUGACAGUCAUCAGUUGUACCGUCUGUAUAUCUAGUAAUCAAAACUCUUGAAGGAAAACUUGGAGUAGGAUUAAGAAAUGUAUAUUAAAGUAAUGUAGUUUGUUAUUUUAUUAUUAUUUUUUUUUUUUUAAGAUAUGUAUCGUGGUAAACUUUUGAAAGGA